AUGAAGCCAAAUACAGAUGUUGAGAUGUCCGCUGCUGCUUCGGAGAGCAACCAGUCCAACAACGACGAAGUGGAACCGGUAACCCCUAGAGAGCCCGGCCGAUGGCGGAGGCGUUUGAAUCCGUUGAAGUCCCGCGUGGUACCGCAGAUACCCGGCCAACGAGAACAGCCAUCACGAGAAGGGUCUGCGGGCCUAGCGAGCAAGAUGGUAUUCAGCUGGCUAACGCCUCUUAUUCACCUUGGCUACCAACGGCCUUUGGAAAUAAACGAUAUUUGGUUGGUGAACCCUGACCGAGCUGUGCCGGGCCUGGAAGAGAGGUUUGAGGGCGAGUUCAACCGGCGCGUGGCGAAUGGAGCUCCACGUCCUCUACUCAGUGCACUCUUCACUACAUUCAAGCGCAAAUUCCUUCUGGGCGGUAUUCUACAACUUGUCGCUACCAUAGCCCAGGCAAUAACCCCGUUCUUCCUGAGGUACAUCAUCGCAUUUGCUACGGAUGCUUUCAACGCUCAACGAAAUGGGGGCCAAGGCCCCUCCGUUGGUUAUGGCGUCGGGUUGGUUGUUGUCAUGACAGCUUUACAGGGCAUCAUGGGAGUCUGUACCAACCACUUCCUCUAUGCGGGACUCUCAGUCGGCGGGGAGGCCCGCGCCAUCCUCAUGUCGAGGAUCUUCGCCAAGUCGCUCCGGCUAUCGGGUCGUGCAAAAGCCGGAGGCCCAAAUUCCGAAGCCAACACAGGCCCAGAAGGGGAAGAUGAGAAGAAGAAGCCACAAGAAGACGAGGGAUGGAGCAACGGACGAAUCAUCAACUUAGUCUCGACUGACGCAUCCCGGAUCGACCAGGCGUCCAGCUUCUUCCAUCUCGCCUGGUCGGCGCCGCUGUCCAUCAUCAUCACGAUUGUUCUCUUGCUGAUCAAUCUGGGGUACUCUGCGUUGCCUGGGCUUGGAGUCUUGUUCGUCUCCGCGCCGCUUUUCGGCAUGGCGACCAAAGUCCUCUUUGCGAGACGCGGCGUCAUCAACAAGCUCACGGAUAGACGCGUCAGCAUCAUCUCGGAAGCCUUGCAGUCCAUUCGGUUCAUCAAGCUCUUUGGAUGGGAGCUGAGCUUCCUUCAACGGGUGGAGAAGGUGCGCAAAGACGAGGUGAAGGCGAUCCAGGCUCUCUUGGCUCUUCGCGACGGUGUUCAGUCGAUUGGGAUGGUGAUACCGGUCUUCGCGUCCAUGUUGGCUUUCAUCACGUACUCGACGACUGGGAACCACCCGCUGACCCCAGCCCCGAUAUUCUCUUCCCUGGCACUCUUCAACCAGAUGCGUUUCCCCUUGAGCAUCUUUCCCGUGGCGGUCGGCCAAGUUAUUGAUGCGCUUGCCUCGGUGAUGAGAGUUCAGGAGUUUCUUCUUGCUGAGGAGGCAAGCGAAGACGCAAUCCAGGAUCAUGGCAAUGAUAACGCCAUUGUCGUCAAGGACGCAACAUUCACCUGGGAACAAACGCGAUCCCGGCAGUCAAGUGACGGCUCAGUCAUAGAUGAGAAGCGGGUCGAAACCCCCAACACAUCAAUGACCCAAGACACCUUCCAAAUACCCGAGCUCAACCUCACCGUUGGCCGCUCAGAAUUGGUCGCCGUCAUCGGCAACGUGGGCUCCGGCAAAAGCUCUCUCUUGGCUGCCCUCGCAGGUGAGAUGCGCAAGACGACAGGCACAGUCAUGUUUGGAGCUACCAGGGCGUUUUGCCCCCAGAAUGCCUGGGUACAGAACGCCACCGUCAGAGAAAACAUCAUCUUCGGGAGGGAUUUCGAUCGUGGUCUAUAUGAUAGAGUUACACAAGCUUGCGCGCUGCUCCCGGAUUUCCGAAUGCUCCCAAACGGUGACGAGACCGAGAUCGGUGAGCGAGGAAUCACGGUUUCAGGGGGUCAAAAGCAGCGUAUCAACAUCGCCCGCGCCAUCUACUUCAACGCAGACAUCAUCCUCAUGGACGAUCCUUUAUCUGCUGUUGACGCUGAAGUCGGGCGUCAUGUCAUGGAAGAGGCCAUUUGCGGGCUACUCGCCAACAAGUGCCGAAUUCUAGCGACGCAUUCUUUGCAUGUGCUGCAUAAAUGCGACAGAAUCAUCUGGCUGGACGGAGGGAGAGUAAAGGCCGACGGGACUUAUCACGACUUGAUGGACCACAAUGGCGAGUUCGCUGAGCUCAUGACCCUUGCCGCUACCACCGAUGACAAGUCAAAGAACGCCGAAGACGAAGACCCUCCUGCCCGGAAUGCGGACAAAGAGAUUCACAUGCAGACGCUGGAGAGGACGGCAACUUCCAAGUCCACUGCUUCUCAGAUUGCUCUGAUGCAAGCUGAGGAACGCGCCGUAGAGGCCGUUUCUUGGGAUGUUUAUGUCGGAUAUCUCAGGGCAGCAGGCUCUCUCAUGAUUGCCCCUCUGGUCAUCUUCUUGCUCACUGUCGCGCAAGUUGCGUAUAUAGCCACGGGACUGUGGCUGUCAUGGUGGACUGCUGGUCAAUUUCCUCUCACUCUGAGCGGCUGGCUAGGCAUAUACGCAGGACUGGGAUUCGCCCAAGCGAUAUCCAUCUUCGCUUUCUUCGUAUGCGUUUCCAUCUUCGGAACCAAGGCAAGCCGGCACAUGUUCCAGAUGGCAAUGAGCCGAGUCUUGCGAGCACCAAUGGCCUUCUUCGACACCACCCCUCUGGGGAGGAUCACCAACCGCUUCUCCAAAGACGUCGACGUAAUGGAUAACAAACUGACCGACUCUCUUCGGAUGUACCUCAUGACCAUUGGCAACAUCAUCGCCGUCUUCGCGCUGAUCAUUGCAUAUUUUCAUAUUUUUGUAGCUGCCCUGGUACCCCUGGUUCUCAUAUACCUGUUCGCUACUUCAUAUUACAACUAUUCAGCUCGAGAAAUCAAGCGACACGAGGCUAUCCAACGGUCCAACGUGCUAGCCAAAGUCAGCGAGGCCAUCUACGGCCACUCAACGAUUCGCGCGUACGGUGUGCAGGGUCACUUCGUCAACACAAUCCGGCGGGCUAUUGACGAUUUCGAUGGGGCGUACUUCCUGACUUUUGCUAACCAGUGCUGGCUCGGUCUCCGGCUAGAUGCAGUCGGUCUGAUCUUGAUCUUUGUCAUCGGUCUUCUCAUCGUGACGUCUCGCUUCAGCGUCCAUCCCAGCAUCGGCGGUCUAGUUCUAUCGUACAUGCUUUCGAUUAUCAAUAUCUGCAGCUUCGCGGUGCGGCAAAUGGCGGAGGUACAGAACGAUAUGAACAGCACGGAGAGAGUGUACUAUUAUGGACACCGUCUUAAGGAAGAACCCCCCGCGCACCUCGGGCAGUUACCAACUGACUGGCCGCAUGCCGGGGGAAUAGUCUUCGAUAAUGUUCAACUUCGGUACCGCCCGAGACUCCCACUGGUUCUAAAGGGUGUCGGCAUGCAGGUGAAAGGGGGUGAAAGAGUCGGCAUCAUCGGGCGCACGGGAUCUGGUAAAUCAACAAUCAUUCAAGCGCUGUUCCGGAUCGUCAACCUGGCAAGCGGCUCGAUUUCGAUAGACGGCGUCGACAUCAGCCAGAUCGGCCUCGCGGAUCUUCGGGCCCAGCUUGCCAUCAUUCCGCAGGAUCCAACCCUGUUCCAGGGAACCGUCAGAUCCAACCUGGACCCGUUCGACGAACACAGUGACUUGGACCUGUGGUCGGCGCUGCGAAAGUCGGGUCUGGUGGACGAGACGGGCGCAAACGACAUCACCCUCGACAGCCCCGUCGACGAGGAAGGCCUCAACUUUUCCCUGGGCCAGCGGCAGCUCAUGGCUUUGGCCCGGGCGCUCGUGAAGGACUCCAAGAUCAUCGUGUGCGACGAGGCGACGAGCUCGGUGGACUUCGCCACGGACGAGAAGGUGCAGCAGACGCUGGGCAACCUGAAGGGAAAGACCUUCCUCUGCAUCGCGCACCGGUUGAGAACGAUUAUCGGGUAUGACAGGAUCUGUGUCAUGGACCAGGGCCACGUGGCUGAGCUGGACUCUCCCAUCAACUUGUACGAUCAAGGGGGCAUUUUCAGGGACAUGUGUGAGAAGAGCGGGAUUGGCAGAGGCGACAUCCUCAACCGGGGGUAA